AAAAUACCUGUAUUACCAAAGCGAGCUAAAGAGUGAACUUGCGUGUAUAUAUUUGGAUGUUUUCAACCCCAUUCACAGUAGAACAUGUGGAAAGAAGCAAAGCUCCAUUGUGUAUCUUUCGUCUUCCUAGCAACAUUAGUGUCAGCCAAACCCCUACAAUGUUCAUCAAAUGUACACUGCAGAUGCCAUGAAUUUCAAGGAAAAUUAUUUGCAAAUUGUGAAAACCUUAACCUGACCUCAGCUCCUUUAUUCAGCAAUGACGUCGUCGGAAUAGAUCUUGCAAACAAUUUCAUUUCAAUUUUCCCGCCAAACCUUCCCAUACAUAUCGUUCAUUUAGAUGUCUCUAAGAACAAUCUACGAAAAAUUGAAAACACGUCAUUGGCAAAUUAUACCGCCCUACAGAAUCUAAGCUUUGCACACAAUAAUCUUCAUACGGUUGAACUAGAUUCUCUACGAGACCUCUCAAAUCUACAGCGUCUUGACAUUUCUGGUAACCAAGAACUAACGUUAGAGGUUUUGUUUAACAUAUCUAGAGAUUUGCAAAACUCUUCGACAAUCCGGUAUCUGAAUUUUGAGAACUUACAGUGCACAUACGGUGUCAGUUUCAUCAUAAAAAGGUACCACAUUGCUUAUCUGAAACACACACACUUAGAAGAACUGAAUAUAGCGUCCAAUCGGAUUAGCAGCCUCGAAUUUGGCGUUUUGACUGAGUUACCAAGAUCUCUUAAACAUUUGAAUAUUGCUAAUAAUAUUCUCAGCUUCGGUCUCUAUAUCAUAGAAUUUAGUGAUUUAAAAAAUGUUGUUAGCCUGAACAUAAGUUUCCAGGCGACUUUUCACCAAAUAUACACAAAAAACUUUAGCAUCCAGUGCAAUGAUACACGACCAGACUUAAAACAUUGUACGGAAUUCCACGGAGUAGAGUCGAUGUCGUCUUCAGCGUCACUUUCAACUUUCCGAAAAACUCAAAAUAUCAGUAUAUUCAUUCCACCAAAACUAAAGAGAUUUUAUUUUCACGAUAAUCUAUACAAGCUGGUUCUUCAAGAUUAUGUUUUUAAAACUGUUAGUAAACCAGUAUUGACACACAUUUUUAUGCAGAAUUGUAUCAUUUACAGGUUAAAUGGUCCUCUAAAGGGCAUAGAGAGUGUUAGAUAUGCAGACUUCUCCAACAAUUUUUGUAGUUAUAUAUCACCCAGAUUUUUCGAAGACCUUCCAAAUCUAUCACAUCUUGAUCUCUCCAAUAAUGCACUAGGAGAAAAUUUAGAAAGUGACCAUAAGGGAGAAAUAUUUCAGAGGCUAUAUAGACUGACCUCAAUAAACUUAGCACGAAACAGAAUUGUCCAACUUCCUGACAAUAUCUUCCAAAAUUUGAAUCGGUUAAAAACUCUUAACCUUCGCUACAAUUCCUUAAGUGAGUUCUCAUUACCUUUGAAACAUAUGACAAAACUUGCUCAUUUGGAUCUCUCCUAUAACCAGUUGUUGGUCUUGGACGAGGAAACGAGACAUGCUCUGGAUUCUUUAUCCAAACAGAGAAAGAUAAACGUCAAUAUGUUAGGCAACAGAUUCAAAUGUGACUGUGAAAACUUGAAAUUCAUCAAAUGGAUGCACAACUCCACGCAAAUCAAUUUCCUGCAUUUAGGUAACUAUUCAUGCACAUUUUCAAAUUCUUCUAAACAUUUCCCCUUCACAAAAAUCGAGGAUCUACUUCAACGUUUGGAAAAGCAGUGCUCCUCUUACAUCCUCAUUAUUUUAAUGAUGACGUCAUUAAUAAUCGUUGUUAUGACAACAGUCCUUAGUCGCAUUGUGUAUCGAUACAGAUGGAAGCUGAGGUUCAUGUAUUACGUAGCAAGAGAAAAAUACAGAGAUAAUGUUCAAAGAGGUGAAGUCAUAGGUGAAAGUUCAUACCAUUUUGAUGCGUUUGUGUCCUAUGCUGACAAAGACAGACGAUUUGUUAUUGAUCUUGUAAAGCGUCUGGAAAAGGAAUAUAAGAUAAAACUGUGCAUACAUCAUCGGGAUUUCAUUCCCGGAACAGCAAUAGCUGAUAACAUUACAAAUGCGAUUCAUUAUAGCAGACGAACUGUUUGUGUCAUUACGUCACAUUUCAUCGAAUCAUACUGGUGCAUGUUUGAGCUCAACAUGGCGCGUAUGGAAGCAAUUUAUUCUCGUAAUGGUGAAAACGUGCUAUUUCUACUCGUCUUGGAGAAAGGAGCGAUAAAGAAACUUCCACGAUCAUUCAUGGAUUUGAUAGAAUCAAAGUCUUAUUUAGAUUUUUUUCUGGAGGAUGGAGAUCCUGAUGAAUUAACAGCCCUUCGUUCCAAACUUGGAGAUAUACUCAGUUUGCGUGACUGUGACGUCAGAAGACUGAAUAAAACUGUCUGAAAAUGAUAUAAAGAAAUGAUUUUGUCUGCAAUUGUAUACCUUUUGAAGAAGUGCAAGAAAUGAUUGUAUUCCAAUUUAAGGUCUUUCUAGUGGAGGAUAUUUUUUUUUACCUACAAGUGGGUUUUUUGACACAGGGUGAUAAUGAUGUUUACUUUUUACGAUUUAGUAUCAUUUCAUCAAAUUUUAUUGGCUAAAUUUAAACCCAAAUGUGUUUGCUAUCAUAAUACACAUUGUCCCAAGAAAUUUAGCUCUGUAUAGCAUUUUGGGGGGGGGGGGGGUCUGGUUAGAGCUAUAGUUGGAAGGUAUAGUAGAUCGUAGUCAACCAGAGAGGUAGGCAUUAUUGAAUUUUCACAGUUGAUUAAAAUUUGCAAAUCGAAACCGUAGUGAACAUCACAGAGCCAUAACGUUUAUUUGAAUCUAUGAAUAAAAUAGACUUUGAAAAGCAUACUCAAUCACCGUAAGCGAAUAUGAUAAUUUGGAGACAAUGUAAAUAUAUGUGCAUUAUAUUGCUUCAUGUGCCAUGUGAAAUUUACGUUUUACAUUAUCCUCAGGUAGAGAUGACUUUUUACAUUAUAUUCCUUUAAAAAAUACGCUUUACAUUAACAUAAUUCAAAAUUAUGUUUUAACAUUAACGUCAUUUAAAAAUUACGUUUUACAUCAUUGUCAUCAUAAAAUUACGGUUUAUAUUAAUGUAAUUUAAAAAUUACGUUUUAUAUUAACAUCAUUUAAAAAUUAUGUUUUACAUUAUCGUCAUAUAAAAAUUACGUUUUACAUUAACGAUUUGCAUUAUUCAAUUAUGGCCUAUCGAUCAAUAUGCAAUUUCCGAGCUGCCCAACAGUUCUUUCCCAUUGUGGAACUCUUAUACACAGUGAGAAUCAAAACCUAUUCUCGUACACACUCGGUGGGUACAAAUGCUUAUCGCUGCCUUCAUAUAUUGCCUUAAAGCCGAUUUAGAUCAACUUAAAAGUUUAUUGUUAAAUAAUGAUGAAAGUGAAGCAGAUGAAAUUCACAAGACUAGUAAAUGAUAAGAAGCUGACCUUUUUGCACUUAAGAGUUUUCGGAAGAGUUGUCUGCCCUUUGUAAAAAUUAGAAAAAUCUAAUUUUCUAAAAAUGUGUGUGGUCAAUGAUUAAUUUUAUUUCAUAUUUUCAUAAAAAGAAAGUGUAUGUAACUUUCUACCAAGAGAUUAGUAUGAAAAUAUAAUUUGUUUUUAAAAUAUUGUAACAAAACAUGCUUUUCCCAUAUGCUUCAAUGUUAAAUUCUAUGUGAAAUAAAUCAAGCGGUAAACAAAAUUUUGAAAAUUCCUAUGGUGGAUUGUUUUUAUUUGAAGAACCCUUCAAAAUGAUACCAUGAUUACAAAUAUUCAACCAUCCGUUUAUUAGAUAUGCAAAUAUGGUCAUUAUACAUUGAAUACCUUAAUGAUAAAUUAGUUCAAACAAAAAUCGAUAAUCGCCAUUUUUCUUUUAUCAAAAUAUCACUCGUGCAGAGGAGGAAAUGAGAAAUAACUUCAUAUUCAAUUUAAUGGCCUAAUUCAAAACAAAUAUUAUUCUUGAUAUGGUCAGUUUAAUGUAUAUAAACAAAAUUUACAUUUUCAUAACGUUUAUCCGUAUUAACAUACAUAUGUAGCUAGUCUAUAGUAUAACUGUAUAACUAUACAUCUUGUACCCACCCAAGCGUUCAACAGAACGCUGAACGUACCUCCACCACAGAAGAGCUGGUAUCUCGGAAGUUGCGUAUUGCUUUGCACAAAGAAAUAUACAAUACAAAAUACUUACAUUUUUAUGACGGUAAUCAUCAUGUAAUCCUUUUUUCUUAUAUGUUGGUAAUAUACGCAUUGGGGAUGUUUUAAUCUUCAAGACUGGUUUUUGUUUGAAAGAGAACAUUCAGUUACCCUUGAAUUCCAUAACGUCCCUACCAUAGCUGUUUUACUUUGUGAAUUUUUAAAUUAAAUUCUAUGCAUUUUAA